CGCCAUUACUAUAUUGGGGACCUUAGUAGAGCCUUAGAAGUUGUAUACAUUAUUACUACGCAACAGUGAACCUUCGCUUUCCUCAGCACUAGGUAUGGAUUAACGUCUGCUUUCUAAACCAUAAAUAAUAAUCAUCCUCAGUUUAGCUGACAAUUUCUCACUUCACAACACUACCCGCCUGAGUUUAGGCUUGAUAUGGCUGCAGCAAAGACGGACCACCUGGAAAGGACGGCGGCAGAGCCACGAGACAAGUCGUUGCACACCGUUACCCUAGCCGAGGUCAACGAGGUCAACGACCAGGUCAGGCUGUUCCGCCUUGAACUUUCUACUCCCCUUCGAUUUUUGCCAGGCCAAUGGCUUGACGUCUACGUACCGGGCGUCUCGAAGGCUGGCGGGUACACCAUCACCUCUUCCCCUUCGAGCGCGCACCCGCCUAUAUCAGAUGACCCUUCAUCACCCCCUUGCCGGCCUUUCCUGGAGCUCGCCGUCCAGAAGUCGCCCGACCCGCCCGCGGCGUGGCUGUGGCAGGACCCGGCCUCCAUCACCUACGCCGAGCUCCGGGUCCGCGUCGGCGGCAGCUUCGUGUGGCCGCCGCCGGGUGUCGACACGCGGACCCUGCGGAAGGCGGUCUUCGUCGCCGGAGGCGUCGGCGUCAACCCGCUCAUGAGCAUGCUGAGCAGCCUCGCGGAAGAGGAGUGCCCCUUCGAGGUGCAGUUCCUGUACUCCCUGAGGGACGAAGGAGGUCGGCGCGCGCAGGCGCGACGCAUGUUGUUUGUCGAGAGGCUGGCCUCGAUCUUCGCGUCUGGGAGAGUGAGAGGCCGGCUACGACUAUUCCUGACGGGCGGGGUGGGGGAGGGGGGUGAGGAGGGAGUGGUGUCCUGCGGAAUAGGAGAGGGUAAAAAGUGCGGCGUGCGGUUUAGUCGCCGUAGAAUGACGAUGGAAGACGUGGCCGCCGCCGUCGGUGACGCUUCGGAGAGGAGGUUCGCUGUGGUUUAUGUAUGCGGCGUCCCUACCAUGACGGAUGAGUUUGUCCAGAAGCUGGCUGACUCACAGCACGGCUUUGGGAUGGAACCUCACCGGGUGCUAUGUGAGAGGUGGUGGUAGUCAAGGCUCCUAGGAAACAUCAACUUUACAUGUAUAAAAUGAGCCUAGAGUUGUGUAGUACUUUAGAUGGCAAACCCCAUUGAUAUGGUGGUCUCUAAUCCUGAUUCGUGCACUUUUGUUUUUCUUCUA